AUGCCUUUACGAUUAUUAUUACAUAGGACAAAUAAAUACAUUACAGAAAAGCUCCUUGAAAGUCCUGCAUUUCAUAGAUUUGCUAUUUAUACACAUAAAAGACUAACAAAAAUAACAGAAGAAGCUAUCCCAUAUAUUGAUAAGAGUACAAGAAGUAGCAUAUCAUUUAUUGAAAAUUUCAAAGAAAAUAUAAAACGAGAGAUUCAAAAAAGUCAAUGGCCAAAAAAAUAA